CUGUCAACUAUUUAGAUAACUAGAGGGAUGGAGGGUGACUGGCGGCAUGGUCAAAACACACGGAGGAGGAUGGGCUCGGAAAUGGAGCGCUUCUCAGCUGCCCGUAGUGGAGGUAUCUGUAGACGGUUCAUAAAUGGCUCUUGCAGAUUGGGACCAAGGUGUAAUUAUCGACAUGAAUGGCCAGUUAUAUCGUCAUCCCAAAUAUGUAGAUACUAUCAGAAAGGCGGAUGCUGGUAUGGUGAUCGCUGCAGGUAUCUCCAUAUCCUUCAGCCUGAAGGUGAUGCAGCUGUUGCUGGCAGAAGAGCUUCAAUGCCUUCAGUUUCCUCUUCCAGGGUGGCCACUGCUCCACCAGGCAGAAGAGGGUCAGUGCCUGGUCUCAUGCAGGUUGAUGUGACAUCCAGGCGAGAGCGCAGCAUGCAACACAGUCACUCUGUGGUUAAUGUCUCAAAUCCUCAGCACAACACCGGGCGCCUGGCAGCAGAUAUUGCGGAGGACCAUUCACGAGACACUGACUCUCAUCUAGCUGCUUCUUGGGAGUCGGUCCAGAGCUCAGUAGCAGCUCAUGCAGGUGCAUGUGAUGGAAGAAAUGAUCAGGAGACCUCUUCCAAAGAGACGGAGGAUGUUGGUGCUGCUGCAGCCUCUACCUCUCAGGGGAAAGUGGAGGAAAUGGAGGCCUUCCUCCAGAGUAAAAAUGUGACCUGUGGCAUAUGCAUGGACAAGGUGUAUGAAAAGGCAGACCCAAGAAAUCAAAUUUUUGGAAUCUUGCCGAACUGCAAUCACUCCUUCUGUUUACACUGCAUCAGGACCUGGAGGAAAACAAAAGACCUCGGGCUGGAUGCCAUAAAGAGCUGCCCACAGUGCCGAGUGAGGUCUGCCUUUUAUGUGCCUAACAAGUACUGGGUCGAAGGACAAGCAAAAGAAAGCCUAAUUGCUGCCUUCAAAGAGAAAUUCAGUAAGAAAAGCUGCAGUUACUAUACACGAUACGGAUGCUGUCCCUUCAAAACAGAGUGCCUUUACCGGCACGAUAAAACCGCACGUUACAGGUCAUUUCCUUAUGUUCCAGAAGAUGAAGAUGAUGACGAUGGUGUAGAUCUGCUCAAUUUUUUCAUAGCCAUGACCCUUCUCAGCAGUGGGGACGAUGACGACAACGAUGAUGACUUUGACUUUCCUUUUUACCUCACUGAGGAGUACGAUUUCUAAGCUUUUUCAUUCUUUUUGGCAGGGCCUGAAACCUCUUUAAGGGGCGUUUCAUUAAAAUCAUCAGCCCCAGAAGAACACGUGGCUGUGAUUUGAUGUGCCUGUCCUCCUCGGAUCAGUAUUGAAACAACUUUUUUUUGAGUAGCCGUGCUCAAGAUCAGGGAUAUCAACCAUGCGCCGUGGAGGGCCCAGUGUGAGGUGUUCAUUAGUCAGACGACAGCAGGUAAUUUUACUAACAGCACUCCUUCAACCAGAGAGCAACUAAUCUGUGAAAUCACCUGCUCGUUGGAAAUGAGAACACGUACACUUGGCUCUCCACAGCACAUGGUUUGUUGGCCCUGCUCUAGAUUAAGAACCCCUGAUAUGACAAACCUUCAAUUUCUACCUCCUAAUUAUCUUGUACUUAAUCUGUGGUGGUCUUGUUGGGGUGUAUUUCCCACAUCCACAGUGCUUCAAACAUGUUGCAGAUUGGUAAUUUUCCCCGUAACCUUUCCCCUGUUUACUGCUGAACUUCUUGUGUAGUAGCAAUUUGCACCAUUUUGAUAUUUUAAAGUGUUGUGUGGAUGGUAUUUUUAAUUGUCUGAAGAUUAAAAAAAAAAGUGUACUGUACCCCUUCCUGCUGAUGUCCACUACUGAAGAUGCCUGCCUUAAGUGAUAGUCAUGACACCCUUUUCCUGUUGACAUGCACAGAAAACGUUUUUUAUUUCUUUUAAAACAAGUUGUACUCGUACACAGAAAAUAAAACAUUGCUUCUCACUGAAAA